AUGGGAAAUAGUCUUGAUAUUAGCAAGGAGAAAGGCCUAAGUCAUCCCAGCAGUCGUGCAGGGGGGCCCUACCUCGUGGAUGAGGCCCCCGGUGUUGACUUUGGCCAGAGCCUUUGCAAACAAGCCUGGGCCGAAAGGUUCAACAUUUACACCAGCAGCUUUAAUGAAGGCAUUGAUCUUAGCCUCCGCCACAGUCACCUCAUUGUCGUGCAGGACGAGGACCGAGUCUGUGCACAUGAACUCCUGGCCGCGGGCCGCGAGGAAAGGCAUGGACCAAUAUGUAAAAAACUCUUCAACAAAAAGCGUAAACCUUUCAAUUCCUUGAAACAAAGAUUACAGGGCACUGACAUUUUCACUGUGAGGACAACUCCUCGAUCCAAGCCUCAGCCUGUGAGGAAAGCUAACUGGAGACAACAACACGAAGACUUCAUUAACGCGAUCCGGUCAGCAAAGCAGUGUUCCCUGGCCAUCAAGGAGGGCCGGCCUCUCCCACCUCCUCCGCCUCCGUCCGUCAACCCAGAUUAUAUUCAGUGCCCAUAUUGCAUGAGGAGGUUUAAUGAAAACGCAGCCAGUCGCCAUAUUAAUUUCUGCAAGGAUCAGUCUUCUCGCCGAGUCUUUGAUCCAGCCCAAACAGCAGCCAAACUGGCAUCCAGAGCACAGGGUAGGGCUCAGACGAGUUCCAAAAAAGAACCGACGGUUACCAGUGCUGUGGGCACUCUGCUACAGAACAGGGCCCUGGAGGCCACAAGAUUGGCCCCAACCAGGCCAGGAUUAGCAGUGGACCCUGCUUCUGCGGCAAAACUCAAACAAGGAUUUACUAAAUCUUCUAAAAGAGAUUAACUCCUAGAGGCCAGGUAAGAAAAAAAGAUUGAAACUCUAAUCCAGGUGUCGCUGAUCAUCUAAUCUGCAAGA